AUGUCCACCACCGCCGUGCACACCGGCACCGCCUCGCUGCGAAGCGGCAAACCCUCCCCGGAGGCCGCGCCGCCCGCGGAGAUCUUCCAGACGCCGGCCUCGAAGCGCUUCAUCCCGCGAGACCUCUCCGGCCACCCCAUCCCGCACGCCCAGCGCUUCGCCUACUCCACCGCCGCCGUCUCCCCCGGCGACUGGGGCUCCAUCCUCGGCACCGCGCUCGUCAUGGCGCUCUUCUCGCUCUGGCAGCAGACCCCCGCCGCGCACCGGCUCUACGCCCACCUGGACGCGACGUACGGGGCGUUGACGGUCAACACCUGGGGCACCUUUCUGCUGACGAGCGUGUUCUUCUGGCUGGGCGGCGGCGUGUUUGCGCUGGCGGACUUGACGGGUCGGCCGCGGUGGCUGUUUCGCUUCAAGACGCAGCCGUUCGUCCGCGUUUCGGGGAGGGAGUACGCAUGGAUAUGCGUCGUUUCGCUGCGGAACCAGCUCUUUGUCGCGCUGCCGCUCAUCUUGGCCGGGUCGAUCGUGACCGGCCCGCGGGACGUCCACCCGGCCUCCCUCCCCGGGGCCGUACAGACCUUCUUUACUAUUGUGUUCGACAUCCUCUGUAUGGAGGUCGGCUUCUACUACAUCCACCGCUUCUUCCACUCGAAGCUCAUGUACCCGCUCUUCCACAAGCAGCACCACGAGUUCACCGCCCCCGUCGCCCUCGCCUCAACCUACUGCAGCAUGCUCGAGCACGCCGUGUCCAACCUGUUCCCGCCCGCCAUCGGCACCAUCCUUGUGCGCCACCACUGGUCCCAGCAGUGCUUCACCUUCGCCUUCCUCGAGUUCCUGACGCUGGUCGCGCACUCGGGGUACAACAUCCCUUUCCUGCCGCCGAACCUGGGCCACGACUUCCACCACUUUGCGUUCAACGAAAACUUUGGGCCGACGGGGUUGCUGGAUCGCCUGCACGGGACGGACAAGAAGUACGUGGCGACGAUGAGGGAGGCGCUGGCGAGGACGGAUGGGGAUGAGGAGAGGGCGAGGAAGAUGGUGCUCAGGAGGCUUGCGGAGAUCGAGGUCGCCGCGGACGAGGCGGCGAAGACGAAGUAA